CCCAAUCUUAAGUAAUUUUUCCACAGCUGAAACAAAUUAAUACAAAAGACACAAAGAAAUGAAGAGCUUUAUUUUAGCAUCUCUUCUUGCUUCACUUCUGCUGAUUCUGAUCAGCACCCCUGCCCAAGGCUGCAGUCCAAGCGGAAAACUCAAAGGAAAAAACCCCCCACCCGGCCAAUGCAACACAGGGGACGGCUCCGAGUGCUGUAAAAAGGGGAAAACCUACACCACUUACAAAUGUUCUCCUCCUGUCACUCAAAAAACCAAGGCAACUCUAACUCUAAACAGUUUUGAGAAAGGCAAAGACGGCGGUGGUCCAUCCGAAUGUGACAGUAAGUAUCAUGAUGACAAUACUCCUGUCGUGGCAUUGUCGACGGGUUGGUAUAAUGGAGGAUCAAGAUGCCUGAAAAAAAUCACUAUAAGUGCUAAUGGCCGAAGUGUAAAUGCUAAAGUUGUUGAUGAAUGUGAUUCGACUAUGGGAUGUGAUGAUGAACAUGACUAUCAGCCUCCUUGUGAUAAUAAUAUAGUGGAUGGAUCGAAAGCGGUUUGGAAGGCUUUGGGUCUGGAUGAGAAUAUUGGAGAGGUUGAUAUCACCUGGACUGAUGCUUAAGGAAUUAUGGUUAUGUUUUAUGUUUUAUCUUCUGACUAAAUAAGCUCAAAGUGAUCGCAUGUAAUUACUUGAGCACGCGUGACAACUAAUAAAGAUCGAGUUUAAUUGCUUUCCCGUCAAUAAACAUACAAGUAUCUGAAUA